UCUACAGGGACGUCAUGCAGGAGAACUACGAGACGGUGACCUCGCUGGGAUUCCCCCUUCCGAAACCUGAGCUGAUUGUCCGGCUAGAACGAGGGGAAGAGCCAUGGGUGCCCGAUCUCCGGCCCUGGAAGGAAAGAAGGCUUCCGAGAUGCACCCAUACAGCCAGGACAGGGCUGCAGUCAUCAGAUAUCGCUCACGCCAUUCCAACCAGCCUCUUACCUGCAGGAGUUUGCUUCCCAGCUUUCCUGCCCUGUGCUGAGCAAGGGAGUGAGAAUAAGGAGGGGAAUCAUCAUGAGGAAGUUCCUGGGGAAGUGGAACCGCAGGGGACCUUUGUGGGAAGAGGUGAAGGGAAUUUUUCCCAGUGCUUCGAACUCGAAGAGGCCUGGGGAAAUUGUCACAGGUCAGAGAGGCUGCUGGGAAACCACCCAGGGAAGAAAGUGGAUGAAUCUAUUUAUGGUGGGAGAGGAGAGGAGGAUCCCACAGCGCAGCAGACAAAUCCCAAGGAAGAGACACCCUGGUACUACCUUCAGUGUGGGAAAGGAUUCAUUGUGAGAUCACAGCUUAUGACACAUCAGACAAUCCAUACUGGAGAGAAACCCCUUCGCUGCUUGGACCAUGGGGAAAGCUUCAAUAACCUCUCAGAUCUUAAUAACCACGGGAGAAGCCACAGUGGAGAAAAACCCUCUCAAUCCCAUGAGUGCGAGAAAUGUUUCAUUUCAAAGACAAAAAUAGUUAGACAUGAGUUAAGCCACACAGGGGAGAGACCCCACAAGUGCUUGGACUGUGGGAAAAGUUUUGUACAGAGGUCACACCUAGUUCGUCAUCAGGCAUUACACACAGGAGAGAGACCUCACAAGUGCUUGGCCUGUGGGAAAAGUUUCAAAAGAAAGUCAAAACUUGUUGAACAUCAGGUAGUCCACACAGGAGAGAGACCCCACAAAUGCUUGCACUGUGGGAAAUGUUUCACAGAGAGGUCAACCCUUGUUAAACAUCAGGCAAUCCACACAGGAGAGAGACCCCACAAGUGCUUGUACUGUGGGAAAGGUUACAUACAAAGGUCACACCUUGCUGAACAUCAGGCAGUCCACACAGGAGAGAGACCCCACAAGUGCUUUGACUGUGGGAAAUGUUUCAGAGAGAGGUCAACCCUUGUUAAACAUCAGGCAAUCCACACAGGAGAGAGACCCCACAAGUGCUUGAAGUGUGGGAAAGGUUACGUACAAAGGUCAGAGCUUGUUAAACAUCAGGCAAUCCACACAGGAGAGAGACCCCACAAGUGCUUGGACUGUGGGAAAAGUUUCCUAAGAAGGUCAAACCUUGUUCAACAUCAGAGAAUCCACACUGGAGAGAGACCCCACAAGUGCUUGGACUGUGGGAAAUGUUUCACAGAGAGGUCAAACCUUGUUAAACAUCAGGCAGUCCACACAGGAGAGAGACCCCACAAGUGCUUGGACUGUGGGAAAGGUUACAUACAAAGGUCAGCCCUUGUUAAACAUCAGUCAAUCCACACCGGAGAGAGACCGCACAAGUGCUUGGAGUGUGGGAAAAGUUUCAUAAGCAGGUCAGACCUUGUCCAACAUCAGAGAAUCCACACAGGAGAGAGACCCCACAAGUGCUUGGACUGUGGGAAAAGUUUCAUAAGAAGGUCACAGCUCGUUUAUCAUCAGGCAAUCCACACAGGAGAGAGACCCCACAAGUGCUUGGCCUGUGGGAAAGGUUACAUACAAAGGUCACACCUUAUUCAACAUCAGGCAAUCCACACAGGAGAGACUCCAGAGGUGCUUGGACUGUGAGAAAAGUUUCAUAUGGAAGUCUGACCUCAUUAAACAUGGAAGAAUCCACACAGGAUCUGAACAACUGUGACACAUGGCAAGAAAGGAUUAAGCAAGUUGCAUGUAAUUGAUACAGUAGGGAUAGGGGCUGAAAGAUGGAGAGAAUGUUUAUAGCUGAAAUCACCGAAAUGUGUUUUGCAAUGGUAGUGUUAACUGGAUCUGUUCUGCUCUCCUGCUUGGACAUUUUCUGUGGGGAUCCCGGAGAUGGAAAGGAGCAGGUGUUACCAUCUUGGCUACCAAUCCCCAUGGUGACUCUCUACACUAGCAAUUCUCAAACUGUGGGCGGAGUCUCCCAAUGGAGGCUCAGGAAUGUGUCAAGGGAGGCGUGAUCAGUGUGGGUUGUUUGUUUUUUAAAGAGCACUGGCUGUUGUCCCCAGGUGGCUGGGGCUCAUGAAGAAGGAACAGGCCCAUUUGGGAGGUGGGGAUAAAUGCUCAGGCUCUCAAACCCAGGUGGAGCAGCAGCACAGAAGUAGGGGUGUCAAUGGGGUGAUAAGUCUGCUGUGAACAGUGAUAUUGAGGAAUAUCACUUUUCACGUGUCCACCCUCACUUCUGUACUGCUAUUGGAGGACAUCAGAGCUGGGCACAUCGCCAGCACCAUGUUUACAAAAUGAUUAAUCUUCUCCAAAAUAUGUCCUGUGAAGUAUCAUAGGGAAAGUCAUCGCCUGCUGAAUAUUAUUGUCCCAUUAAAUUGUGUCUAUGCACACUGUCCAUGGAUCUCAGAGAGUUUGCUGUAUGUUUGGUCCAUGCUGUAAAGCUGGAAAACCCCCACAGAGAAGCUCCUCAUAGACAGUGGCACCUGAACACCAGCUGGGUGCUAAGUGGCGAGUAAUUGCUCAGCCAUUCCUUCACCAGCUGUGUAGCCCGGAACAAGAGAGUUACAAUUCACCGGAAGGAUGGCUGGACGCUCACUUAGGCCACAUACUGAUUGUCGCCUGCCCCCCGGCUUGGCGAUGACCCUCAAAGAGAAGAGUGUUACAAAGCAACAAGGGAGAGUGGCCUCCAUUUUCACCUCUCCUCUCCCUUCUUUACAGAAGGCAAGAAGAUGACUUGAAAGGCAGCAGGGGCCGUGGAGUGGAGAGGACGGACCAAGGCUGGAAGGAAAUCCAGCCUGGGUACUCAGAACUGUGAACUGCCUGCAACAGCAGGUGCGGUGCAAAAACCUCCUUGCUUCACAUUUUCCUUAAAUUGGUAAAAUGUAGGAUUUAAAAUGCAUUUUAUAAUUUUAUAGUUUUAACCGGUUCUGACCUUUGACAUCCUUCUCCCUCGUAAUCCCUGAAAACCCCCUUGCUCCAGUUACUAAAGUGGUUUUAGUGUUUUGUCUGGACCUGUUUGUUUUCAUUGAAGUGUUUGGGGGAUUUGACUGGAGAGAACAAGGCUGUGGCCUAAUCCGGCCCCUCUGUGGGGGUGACCCACUAAUGACUGAGUUUGUCCAUCCCAGUGACCAGACUGAGCUGUCCAAGAUGCACAUUCCUGGGGCACAAGGCUGGGAGUAGAAAACUGGCUGAUGUUGCUGUGUCGUUUGGUAAGUUCCUGAGUGUCUGGCUAGUCACACUCAGUACAGUGCAACCAGGAGUGACUUUGAAGGCUGGUUGCUGUGUGAGCAGAGUGUGGAGGGGUUUGUUGUUUGCACAGAGAAGCAGCAGGGUGGAUUUGAUUUAAAUCACUAGUCAGGAUGACUCCAUUUAAUCAUAGCUUUCUACAUAAACAUUUAUUCUUGUUGGUUGUUAUAACCUUAGGACAUAUUCUUCACAAGGCAGAGAUAGAUGUAGGUUUCAUUUUUGGAAGGUUCACACUAUACAUUUUUAAACAGUGAUUUAUUCUGAAAACUUUUCA